CUCGUAGAAAUGGACCAUGGAAAUUUUUCCGCUCAUGCCGCAAGCCACUUCGACAACGGCUUCAUAUCGCAGCAUCGGCGUUGGACUUCAGUUGGCCAUACUCGCAGUCUCCUCUCGGCUAUUAGCACGUGUGGUCCACCUUUCGCGCGCUUUUCGCUACGCAAUAACAAAAGUUCACAAGUCAGUUCGUAUGCACGCUUGCCACAGGCGCAACAACCUGCGCUUUCUUUCGCUAUCGCGGCACGUAACCGGUUAGAGCUAAACACGUGACUAACGCAGUGUACGAGUGUCGUGCGAACGCGUACUUGAACACCACAUUGUUGUUGGCUGCAUUGCAUUGCUGCGUACGUGACCUUUCGCAAGCUGUGCGGGAUGUCGCCUACAACGACUGGGAGAUUUGUGUUCCACGCAUUGCUGUUGGCUCUACUUUGCGUGCACAUUUGUGAGGGGGUUGCAGCUUUGUUGCAAAAAGAAUUGUGGUUAGAGUGCUCGUGCAUGUAUGCCACCGAGCGCAAUGCAACCAGUUGGGGCAACAUCGCCAUUAACGGAAACACUUUGCGUGGCGCCAAGAAAGAUUGUUACUUAAUCUUCAUCGUGGGUGGCAACGAUGAGUUGGUCGCCCUGCGCUUCCAGACGCUGCAGCUGGCCGCCGGCUGUUCGGAGUACAUUGAAAUAUUUCCGUUCCUGCGGGAGCCCGUCAUUGAGUACUCGACUAAUCCGGAUUAUGUUAUAUGCAAUCGUACCGCUGUCACAUCGUCCAGUGUGUCAGCAUUAGCAUCUGUAACGGCUGCCACGACGUUAGCAUCCAAUCGUAGUGUUGCAGCAACAAAUACCAUGUCGCCACCCACAACGGCUGAAAUCAAGCAGAAAGCGACAUCGUCCGUUAACGCCAACACAAUGUCGCUGGCGAUGUCAGCUAGCAAGCAGCUAGUGCCGGCUGCGAGUAGCGUUGCCAACCACGCUCAUUUAACGGUUAUUGCUGCCAAUAAUUCGGUUGCCGCCGCUGUCGGUGAUUUACGUGGCAAUGAGUUUAUUUAUAGUGCAGGCAAAAUUUUCGGCAUUCGCGUACGUUUUAACCAACAACAACAAUUGCAGCGCGAGCAAGCGCUGGGAAAUGAUGCUGACGGCGGCGUUGCGCUCAAAAAUUGGCUGCUCAAUAUAACGGGAGAAUAUCGAUUCUUGAAGAAGGAACAUUUUCAAAAUGAUGGACGUCUCAUACCCGGCUCAUAUUGUGACUAUUACUUUUUUGCCGAUCCCAAUGCGAAACCUGAGAGCUUCGAGAUUUGGCAAUACUUUCAUUCGCCUCGCUUUCCAGCAAAAUAUCCGGCGCACAUCAAAUGCGCCUACAAAUUUAUUGGCCGGCCAGAAAGUCGUGUAGAAAUAGUCUUUGAAGAAUUGCAUCUGCCCAAAAAGGACAACAGCUGCAGCAUGGAUAAACUUACAAUUUUCGACUCGGAGUCAGCCAAUAUGAAUGCCGUUAUUGAUGUUAUUUGCGAUACGCCGCCAACGCGACGUAUUAUUAGUUCCGGUCCCGAUUUGCUAAUCGAAUUCAACGCUAGUUCCAAUAAGACAGCCAAAGGCUUUCGUGGCAAAUUCAAAUUUAUACACAAUGAAGUCGAAGAUCAAUUUGUGCCAGCGAUGACAAAUGAUUUGACAACAGAAAAAAUAAUUGCUCUCGAAAGAAUCGGUUUGCGAAAGGAGACUCCACGUUCCGUGCUCACGUCUGAUGAGUGGGGUAAAUUUUUCAAAGAUAAUGAAAAUUGUAAGCAAAUAUAUGAUUCGCGUGUAAACAAAUCCGGUCGUUUUGACACAGCUCAGCUGUUCCCCACAGUUCCAAAUGUCAAUAUCAUACCAGUGUUGUCGCCCUCGAGAGUGCAGUGUCGAUUUGAAUUUUACGGCGGCGCCGACGAGAGGGUGCAGAUCAAAUUUUUGGAUUUCCACAUUCCGGCAGAAAAUAAAAACGCUACAGAAUGCAAGACAAAUGAUGUGCUACAGCUGCUUACUCAAGUGCGUGGGAAAUACGAACCAGCUGAAACAUUUUGUGGAGCAUUUCUACCCAAACCUAUCAUGUCGAAUGGGCCGAAAUUGCUACUCCAAUUUAUUGGCCGGUAUCCCCCAACUGGCUCGAAAAUCAAUUACUACGGCUUCAAAGCAGAGUAUAAGUUUGUAAAGAAUUUUGGGAUAUCCACGGGACAGCAGGUUGAUGAAAAUUGUACGUUCACGUAUAAUAGUACAAAUCGGAAAUCCGGUUGGUUUGGGUCCCCGAACUUUCCUGGUUAUUACCCACAAAAUAUGAUUUGUCAUUACUACUUCUAUGGUGAACCAGAUGAGCGUGUCAUUAUACGAUUUACUUUCUUUGAUGUUGAGGGUAUCGGCACUUGUGAAUAUCUGACAGCAAGCGAUUAUGUGGAAUUUUCGAAUUUUAUGAGCACUGAUCGCAAAUAUGGAAGAUACUGUGGAAAACGGGACAAAUUUGAGGUGCGCUCAGAUGGUCGGUUUUUUCGGGUUUCUUUCUAUUCAAACGACCGUUUCGAUAAAACUGGAUUUCGUGCUAUAUACGAUUAUCAAGGAAAACGGUCGCGCGUGGAAAAUACCUCAAUGCAGAGCUAUAUAUCUGGCAGUAGUGGUAUCCUCAAAUCAUAUUACAGUCUUCAAAAUGCAUUUACUCUGAUAAUGUUGUUAAAACUAUUUGCAUAUUUCAAAAUAAUAAUUUAAAGAAAUUGUGUAA